AGGUUUUAUUUCGCCUCUUUUGUUGCGGCAGUCAGUUUAACCACAUGUGAGUACGCUUUUCCUGUCGAAUUUAGUUAAUUGUUUAAAAAAGGCAUUCAAAUUAAUAAUUCUCUUAAAGGGUAGCAUCAGAUUAUAAUAAAUAAAAAUGGCAGAAAUGGAUGAUCAUCACUUCGAGACUGGCGAUUCUGGUGCUUCUCAAACCUACCCUAUGCAAUGUUCGGCUCUACGUAAGAAUGGGUUUGUCAUGUUAAAAGGUCGUCCCUGUAAGAUCGUUGAAAUGUCGACUUCUAAGACUGGAAAGCACGGCCAUGCUAAAGUUCACAUGGUUGGCAUUGACAUUUUUACAAAUAAGAAAUACGAAGAUAUUUGCCCAUCUACUCAUAAUAUGGACGUGCCACACGUUAAAAGAGAAGACUACCAGUUAACCGAUAUAAGUGAUGAUGGUUAUUUAACUUUGAUGUCAGACAACGGCGAUAUAAGGGAGGAUCUUAAAAUUCCAGAAGGUGACUUAGGAAAUUCCCUUAGAUCUGAUUUUGAAAACGGAAAGGAUCUUCUCUGCACAGUACUCAAAUCUUGUGGUGAGGAAUGCGUUAUUGCUAUUAAAACCAACACUGCUCUCGACAAGUAGACCUCAAAGUCAUCUUUUUGCUUUAAGUUUCUGCGGGAGUUUCAGAGUUGGAAGUAUGUGU